AUCAUGACAACACACGUUAAUUAGCAACAAUGCUAAAAUUCAGAAAUCUUAAUCCCAUAUUUAUAGUCUUCUGCCUUUAAGAAUGUAGUCUAGUUGAUGUUCAUGAGCAUUGCACAAUGGUUUUAAGCCUUUUUCAAUUGUUAAACCGGCAAAACUAUUCGAUAGUUUCUAACAAAAAGUGCAUUAGUUUCUGUCAGAAAGACAAGUAUUGAUAUAAAAAAAUUAGAAUAUACACAGAAAUGGAGUUCGUAAAAUAUGUAAAAAUACGCCAGAAAUUCAUUGUCAAGCGGGGAUAGCUCAGUUGGGAGAGCGUCAGACUGAAGAUCUGAAGGUCGCGUGUUCGAUCCACGCUCACCGCAAUUAGAUUUUUUCUUUUCUUUCUGAAAGUCGUGUGUGCUCACCGCAAUUAGAUUUUUUUUUUUUUAAUGUAAUGUUCUUAACUAAUUCAAGUUGUCUCAAGUUAAUUCCUUCUUGUUAUGUCUCUCUGUUUAUGGCAUUGUUGUGACAACAAUGUUGUCUUUGUGCCAAAAGCUGACCACUCUACCUAAGUAACAUUGGUAAGAGGAAGAAGAGACAUCGGUUUGUGGCUGGACCGGAUAAGAGUGUAGAGGAAGAAAGUCUACGUCAAUUUAGCUUGAAAGGUGUUUAUAAUUUAUCUUCUUUGUGUUACUAUUGGUUUCUCAUUGGUUUGUUUGAUUAUGGAUUUCUUCUCAGUUUGUGAAAAAGGUGGUAUGUAAAGGAAGGACAACUAACAGUGAGGUCUUGUGGUUCCCUAACGUCUUUUUUUGUUUUAGUGCUGACAUGAUGAUAUACGGUACUAUUCAUUCUGACGGCUGAAACUACUAUCAGGUUGCGGACGAGCUUGUUGCUGAGUUUGCAGUCCCAGAUAACAAUGGAGAAUCCUUUUAUCAGGUUCCGUUAUAUUUUUUCCAUAAAGCUUGGAUAUGAAACAUUUCUGCGUACUUUUUGUGUGCAAGUACUGAGAAGUUCUUAGAACUCGAUCUGUCUUUAUCAGCAGCAUGCAGCAUCAUGAUGAGAAAAUCAUAAUAAGAAGAGUCAAUGCUGCCGCUGGUCGACACCGAUUGAUCUGGCAUCGAACCAUGGUGCUCUCGCGACUAGAAUACAAAAAGUUUAGCCGUACCAAAUUUAAUUAGUUUAUUCAAUAAAGUAAAAUACUUGUUAGUUAGAGCACGAUUAUCGGGAGUUAAUUAAGAAGGAUCCUUAACAAAAUAAUAAUAAGAUAUAGUGUGGAUCCCACAAAAAAAACAAAAAUUCGGUUACAAAAGUCGCGAAAGAAGGAUCGACUUUGGUCUGUUUCUUGUAUUGUUUGCGACUCCACUGACAUGUGGCGGUCCGCGAUUGGUUCCCUUUUUAUUUUUUAUUUUUUUAAUAAGAGACAACAAAAAAUAAAAAAAAAUUAAGAAACCUAAAAAACAGUUUUAGCGAUAAUCAUGACCUUAGACCAUCAUUAAAGAGGAUCCUUAACAAUGAGAUCUUUAACAAAAAGUAAUUAAAUAUUUGAGUAAGCCCCACAAAAAGUUAAAGAUCAGUGAUAGAAAGCACAAAAUAAGGACCGAUCUUGGAGAAAUUUUUGCACUAUUCGCAUGCCCCACCGAAACGUGACAGCCCGCAAUUAGUUUGUUUUUUAAUUAUUAGUUUUUCAGACAAAAAAUAAAAUAAAAAAAGUUUCUUAAGAAACCGUGCCACCGGUUUCAGCGAUAAUUAUGCUCUAUAGUUUCCAAAGAGUAUUGGAAGUAUCUAUUAGAUAAGUGUCAACUUUUUACUGACUAAAUUUGUCAAAGAGAGACAAAAGUCUCAAGAACCAUCUCUAUGGGAAGCAACUCAAAAACAAACUGAAGGUAUCUAUUAGCUAAGUGUCAACCUUUUUCUGGCUAAAUUUGUUUUAUGUCUAAACUAAUGAAAUCGAAACAACAAUCUGAAAUUAUAAUACUACUAGGUGGAUUACCCGCACUUGCGGACUUAAUAAUUUUGCAAAAUUUUGUAAAUAAAUAUAAUAUUAAUUAAAAAAAUCAUUAAAAUCAAUUGUUUUUUUGAUUUUUAAAAAUAUUUAAUAUUUAAUUAAAUAUGAAUUCUAUAUAUACAAUAAUUUGUUUACUUUAAUAAAAUAUCUUUUAUUAAAACAAACUUGAAAACCUUCAUAUAUAAAUAAACCUAAAUAUAAAAUUACUUUGCAAAUAAUAAUAUAGAUUAAUUUUAUACUUUCAUGGUAUCAAACCAUUGAGGUUGCUCUUAGAUUCCUUAGGAAUAACAAGAAAGAGUUGGCAACAGGAGUCACGUAAGAAUUUAUUUUCUACAAAAAGAGGUAUAUUAAUAUAAGGGCUAAUACCUUGAGUGAGGCAACUAGAGAAGUAUAUAAACCAAAAUACUUUGAGUCAACUGUUAUGUUAUUCUAAUCUCUAUCCUUUGUAAUUGGGAUAAUGAUGUGUAAAUAUAUGUAAUAUGAAUUUCUUUUGGCCACCUAUAUAUGUAUGGAUUCUGCAAAACUCAAAUUAAACCACUCUUCAAAUCUCUUACGUACAGCCUCAAACUCUUUUGUACAAGCCAUGGACUCCCUCGACCACUCUUCUCCUCCUACAACUAUCUUAUGCCCUAGGCGACGAUCUCACCGUCUUUCCCCCUUCGUUUCUGACUUGAAAGAGUUUUCUUCGUCCAUUACCUUUUCGUGUUACGUUUGCCAUCGUAAAAUAAAACAUCUCACUGAUUUUUUUUGGUGCCACAAAUGUACCCUAGCCUACCACAAGAAAUGUGUUGAACCUGAGAUCAAAGUGCCUUAUCAUCCCAAACACCCUCUCCAACUUCUUUUUCGAUCCCCCAAGAGUACACUUCACGUAGGGGGCAGCCACUACAACAAGUGUCAUUGCUGUGGAGAAAACACUCAUGAAGGUUUCUAUUACUCUUGUUCUAUAUGUGAUUUUGAUUUACUUCCUGGUUGUGCGAUAAGUUUGAACAUCCUUUCUAUAAACUACCCAAAAAGGCAUGACCAUACCCUCACCUACUUCCCUAGAAUAAACUCCCUAACUUGUGAUGUUUGUGCAUUGAGUGAUGAUAAAUGCUUCAUUUACGUCUGUUAUCAAUGCGAUUUCGUAGUCCAUAAGACGUGUAUCUACUUACCAACCACAAUCAGAAUAUCCCGUCAUGACCACCGUCUCUCUUUUACUCUUAUUCCUCAUCCUAAUAAGAAUUGGUCGUGUGGAGUUUGUCGCCAAAGAGUUGACAAAAAUUAUGGACGAUACUCUUGUGUGAAGGAUUGCGAUUAUGUUGUUCAUUCUAAAUGUGCAACACGAAAAGAUUUAUGGGACGGAAGAGAACUUGAAGGAGAACCAGAAACGAAGUAUGAAGAUAUUAAGGCGUUCAAAGAUAUAGGUGAUGGAGUCAUAGAACAUUUCAGCCAUCCAAAUCAUAACAUGAGACUUGACAAGAAGGAGAGUGAUAAAGUAGCGGACGGAAAAAGAUGUCAAGCGUGCAUCCUUCCUAUCUAUGAAGGUAACAUUUAUAAUUGCAUGAGAUGUGAUUUUAUCCUCCAUGAAACAUGUGCACAUCUUCCUCGUAAAAAAUUGCAUCCACUGCAUGCACAUCCACUCACUUUGCAAACGGCUCAGAAACCCGAAGGUCAAUUCGAGUGUGUAGCUUGUGGAAAUCUUUGUUGUGGUUUUGUACACACGGGCUGUAAGCCUGUAAAGGCCGUUAUUGUUCUUUCAAAAUAGAUGUACGAUGCGCUUUGGCUUCCGAUCCUUUCACUCAUGAGUUACAUCCACAUCCCUUGUUUUUAACUUUUGAGGAAGGCAUACCCAGAACGUGUUCCAUAUGUGGAAAACAAAAGAGACAUUUGAACUGUAUCGAAUGUUCCUUUAUCUUUUGUUUCCGUUGUGCCACUUUACCAUAUAAGGUGAAGUACAAACAUGAUGAACAUUAUCUCACUUUA